AUGUAUGUUUCGCUAGGUAAAUGGCACAAGAAGACUUUUAGUGCUAUGAAUGUGAGGAUAAAAAGGUUUGAAGAUGAAAUCAGAAAGAUAGAUGAUAUGGUCAGCAAUGGAGAAUAUGAUGGAAUAGUGAAAGCACGACGAAAGGCUUUAGUUAGUUCCUGUGAGAAGUCGUAUGUGAGAAAGGAGAUUCAUUGGAAACAUAUGUCACGAUCUCGAUAUGCGACGGAUAUGGAUAAGAAUACUAGGUAUUUUCACAGUGUAGCUUCGGCAAUACAGAGGAACAAUUGGAUUGAAGCCUUGAUGAUCAAUGGAAGAUUAGUGAGGAAUCAGACAAGAAUUAAGAUAGCCAUAAGAUCCUUUUACAAGAAAUUAUACCAUCAGAAAGAUUCUCCUCUUAUCGGGUUUCGUGACAUACUGAUGAAUAGAAUAACUGAGGAUGAGUUUGCAGAGUUGGAAAGAAUACCUUCCUGUGUAGAGAUCAAAGAGGCAGUUUGGGAUUGUGAGUCGACUAGGGCUCCGAGGAGUGACGGGUACCAUAUGAACUUCAUCAAGAAGUGUUGGGACGAGAUUGGAGAGGAUUUUACUACUACUGUUUUGAGCUUCUUCCAGUCAGCCAAGCUACCCAGAGACUCUAAUGUUGCCUGGGCGGCUUUAGCACCUAAGUUUAUUGGAGCUACCGAGAUAAAGGACCUACGCCUGAUAAGUAUGGUAGAGUGUGUGUAUAAAGUUGUUUCAAAGGUGUUGUCUCGGAGGAUGCGGAGGGUCUAG